AUGAUGGCGCUGGGGCGGCUGAGCCGCGCGGUGCGCCGCUCGCCCUGGCUGUGCAACGUGGCUCUGUACGGGGGCCUCUUCGCGGCCGGCGACGCGGUGCAGCAGCAGCUCCGGCGCGGGCCGGGCGCCGACUGGGCGCAGACGCGGCACGUGGCGCUGGUGGCGCUCGCCUUCCACGGCAACUUCAACUACGUGUGGCUCAGGGCGCUGGAGCGCCUCCUGCCCGGCCGGGCGCCCGCCGCCGUGCUCGCCAAGGUGCUCUGCGACCAGCUCAUGGGCGCGCCCGUCGCCGUCCUGGCUUUCUACACCGGCAUGAGCCUACUUCAGGGAAAAGAGGACAUUUUCGCAGACUGCAGACAGAAAUUCUGGAAUACAUAUAAGACGGGGCUGAUGUACUGGCCUUUCGUGCAGCUUUCCAACUUCAGCCUGGUCCCGGUGCACUGGAGGACAGCGUACACCGGCCUGUGCGGCUUCAUCUGGGCCACUUUCCUGUGCUUUUCGCAACAGAGCGGCGACGGAACUGCCAGAUCAGCCUUUAUGCUCUUCCGAGGAGAGAAAGCCGAGACAGACAAAGCAUCGAGUGGGAAAUAAAUCCAUCGCUGUUACAAAACAUCCCUCACCUGUCAGAGGCGGCAAACUACGUUGUCAGAUGGCAACUGCGUUUUCUUUACAGGAACAUAAAUAACUAAACCAUGGAUCAAAUGGUAACUUGCUGCAA